UAUUCCAGAAACUCUGACAUUCCAGUGAUUCCACCACUCAUAUAUCUCUCUCUCUCUCUUGCUCUUUCUCUCUUUAUCUCUCUUCUUAAAAUUCUUUGUUUUGACCGAGUUUUUUAAGGGGCAGUUGGUAUGUCGCUGGAUUGAUCGUUUGGUGUUUUCAAGAUGCGGUUUUGGGGUGUGCAAAGCUCUUGUUUUCCGGAUUUUUAGUGGGAGUGAUUGAUUUGGAUUGGUUGUGGCCGCGAGAUGGAUCGCCGGAGUUGGUUGUGGAGGCGCAAGUCGUCGGAGAAGAGUCCCGGUGAGACGGAGAGCUCUGGAUCAGUGUCUUCUCUUUCUGAGAGAUUCUCAGAUGAUCAUGAGGCUUCCAGGGCUUCUCCAAAUACUGCUUCACCGAAUUUCGGUCGUUCACCAGAGGUUUCAUCGAGGACUGAUAAUGUCGAAGUUAAUGAAACCGUGAAGAUUUUGACAGAGAAAUUAUCAGCAGCUCUUUCGAACGUCAGCGCGAAAGAAGAAUUGGUAAAGCAGCAUGCCAAAGUUACUGAAGAAGCUGUUUCAGGCUGGGAAAAGGCGGAGAAUGAAGUUGUGUUACUUAAACAACAGCUUGAAGCCGCAUUUCAGAAGAACUCGGCCCUUGAAGAUAGAAUAGGCCACCUUGAUGGUGCUCUCAAGGAAUGUGUCAGGGAGCUCCGACAAUCUAGAGAAGAGCAAGAGGAAAAAAUUCGGGAUGCGAUCAUUAACAAUUCCUGUGACUGGGAGUCUCAAAAAUUGGAGCUAGAGAGUGGAAUGAGUGAGCUCCGGACGCAACUUGAAGCUGCAAAAGCUGAAGCUCUUUUAUCGGUAGACCAUGAUUUCCGAUCAAAACUAGAACAAUUUGAGAAAGAGAAUUCGGUUCUUAAACUUGAACUCGUUGCGCAAGCCAAAGAUCUGCAAAUGCUGAUCCUAGAGCGAGAUUUGAGUAUUCAAGCAGCUGAAACAGCAAGCAAACAACAUCUGGAGAGCAUAAAAAAGAUCAAUAAAAUUGAGUCUGAGUGCCGGAGAUUACAGUCCAUGGGACGCAGGAUGUCAGCAGUAAACGAUCAGAAGGUUCCUAGCUCGGUUUGUUUAGAAUCUCUUACAGAUAGCCAAUCUGAUUGUGGGGAGAGAUUGCAUGCUGUUGAUCAAGAAGCCAGUCGAUCAGAUUCAUGGGCUAAUGCUCUGAUCGUAGAGCUUGAUCAGUUCAAGAAUGAGAAAUCUAGCACAAGAGACCUUGCCAAUUCUAUAGACAUUGAGCUGAUGGAUGAUUUCCUUGAGAUGGAACGCCUUGUCGGUUUACCGGAGACCGAGAAUGGAAGCUCAACAGGUCCUUCAAAAGCCCAAACUGAUGCAUUGCAUCGGCAGUUAACCGAGUUGGAAGCAAAGAUUGAGAUGUUGGAAAGCGAGAAUACGGAACUGGAGGUGGCUCUUGCUGACACUCGAAAACAGCUUGAGCUUUCAACCCAUCAAUUGACGCUGGCUGAGAUUAAAUUAACCGAAUUGCAAAGGCAACUAGACUUUGCUGAUAAAUCCAAACAACUUGCCAUGAUAGAAGUUGUGGAUGCAGAAGAGAGGAGAAAGAUUGUCGAGUCUCAGCUUGAGUUAGCACAAUCAGAAGUAAAGAAGUUUUCUGAAAAGAUAUAUUUAUUGGAACUGAAUUCUGAGAAAGAAAAAGCAAUGUAUGUUGCAGUUGCAGCUAAAUUGGAAGCAGCAGAGACAACUAUAAAUGAUUUGGAGUCUCAGCUCCAAUCAGCGGUUCAGGAAGCUCGCAAAUUACACGAUAAGGUUGGCAUCUUAGAAAGGGAGGUCGAGGAGAAGACAAUAUUAUCAUCGGAACUAGAGGUAGUGAAAAAGGAAUUAGAAUUAGAGCUUGAGACAUCAAAUGUGAAGGCGAAGGCUAUGUCUGCCAACUUUACAGGCAAAGUAGAAACAUUAGAAAUUGCUCGAAAUGCCAUUGAGUCACAGCUUGAGUUAUCUCAACUGGAAGUUAGGGAGCUGCAAGAUAAAGUUCGUGUAUUACAAAGGGAAAUUGAAGAAGAGAGAGCAUCUGUUGUUGUAUUUGCCUCCAAAUGUCGGGAUUUGGAGGAUGAAUUGUCUAAGAGGAAGCAAGAAAUUGAGCUUCAUCAAACUGCAUUCUCAAAUGGAGAUUUGAAGAUGAAACAAGACAAAGAACGAGUAAUAGCUGCCGGGAAGCUUGCGGAAUGCCAGAAGACGAUCAAUUCUCUCAACCGACAUUUACAACUAUUAGCAACAUUGGAUGACUUCAUGAUUGAAAAUGAAAUGCCUGAACUUGGCUGUGAUUCUGCAGCAAGUGCAGAGGGUUCUCUUGUUUUAAAUGGCAAGAAUGGAGGAUCUUCACCAUCAUUGAUCCCAUCUUCUUCAUCAUCUUUCUAUGAAAUUGCAAGACAUUUAUCUCGAAAUAGAAUUAAUGGCCAAAUAGAAAACUGAUAAUCAAAAAUUGAUCAGCAGUUUGAUCAU